CUGUAAUUGGUCACAGCUUGUCACAUGGUACAAGGCUGUUAUGAAUAGCCUUGUACCAUGUAACCUCUGUGAUCAUUCACAGAUGUCACAAGUAGUAAACAAUGUCAGGAAGUGACAUCUUGUUUACUACUGUUCAUGUGAUCAGUGAUUGGCCAAUCAGUGAUCACAUGAAUCUGGACCUCACACAGAGGUCCCGUACAGUGAUCUGUGUUACGCUGUGUCCACCGGACACAGAUCGCAGCACUGCGCGCUCCCAGGGAGCCCAACCAGGCAAUGGAUGCGGAGGAACGUUUAGAAUUGUCCCCCAGCAGUGCUCCCGUCCAGCUGUUUAUUGGCAUGCGCCGGACUGGAAGAGGUUA